UUAUUGCCGAGCUCAACCAUCACGCACUUCACUUUAUGCUGCUACCAUAUAUAUUCCCUUGAGUACAACGGUUUCAGGCUCUAACGUCCGUUCGUCCCCGGAUCACUGCGACCUCAGUUGGAGAUAAACUCUGGGCUGCCGCCGGUCGGACCGAUUCGAGCUUCCACAGUCGUAGAUUGUUUUUUUCUCUCUCCUGACCCUGGAAACUCUAGUCUGCUGAGGACGUGGCAAGCUCCUCACAGGCUGAAGCUUUUCUGACCGUGAGCUCCUGAUCUAGGUUUUCUCAAACGGCCUAGCGAGUGUUACACGGUUACCAGCAUGGCGGCGUUUCUGGUCAUCACGCUCAUCUUCUUCGCUUUGGGCUUCCUAGGCUGCGUGCUCGUUAGGGUUCUCUACGAUAAAGGCCCGUCAACGAACCUGCUGCAUGUCACGCUGGUCAUCACCGCAACUAUCUGCUGUUGGCUCUCGUGGGCGAUAGUGUACAUGGCACAGAUGCAUCCCCUGGUGGUGCCGAUACUCAAGGCUGAAGGAGAAUAAAGCACACAACAUGUUAUGGAUUUGCUGUCACAGUAUAGUACGGUAGCAUGAAUAUGCAGUGAAGGUCCUAUCUACAACAGAACACCGAGUAGCAGGAGCUGGCUGCAGGAGCAGCAGCAUGACAGCAGCAUUAGAGCUCGUUGCCCUCUCACCAAUGGUGAGUCACCAUUCCCCCUGGCAUCCAAUGGACCACUGGGCUAACUAGUUGUACCAUGUUAUCCAGACAAUUGAACCUGUGCUUGCUUUGGCUAUGCAGUAGUGUUGAAAAUUUUCUUGAAUGUCUAUGAUAUGAUGACCUAAU